AUGCACCCCUCGCAUUCUUUGUUCACAAUCCGGGCAGCUAAGCACCUCACUCCUCCCCUACUGUGUUCUGAUUGUUUACUUGUCAUGCAUCAUUGA